AUGUUUUCUCGUUGGAGGACCUCUGGUUCUCGUCUCCAUCUUUUGGCUGCUUGUUUUCUAGCUGUCUCUCCCAGUCUAUCGUGGGCGGCGUCAUGCGGUAAGACGCACACAGUCGCCUCUGGCGAGGGCUGCUGGAGCAUCUACACCGAUGCCAAGCUCACACAGGCUCAGUUCCUCGCCAUUAACCCCGGACUCGACUGCGCCUUGCUUCAGCUUGGACAACAGACCGAACAGAAUAUAUCGGAUGCGGACAUGAAGACUUUGAACCCUGGGUUUACGUGCGAGGAACUUUUUCCCGGUCAGAACGUCUGUGUGUCGGCACCGACGGCCAAUCCGCCGACCACUACUUCUGCGCCACCAAGUACUACGAUUCAGACUACUACUGCUCCAGUUACGACUCCGACCGCUGUUCCCGUACCGUCGCCUACGGGUAUAGUAUCAAACGGAAAGCAGCUGAGCCAGUUUGUGGCGUUGAACCCUCAACUAAACUGUUCUAUCCUGCAAGCCGGAGAUGAAGCAUGUAUCGAGGGGCUUUGUGAGCGAAUCUACAAGGUUCAAGAAGGCGACUGGUGUGCAAAAAUCGAGUCUAGCUAUGGCCUUGCUUCUGGCGAUCUUCUCAAGCUCAACCCCGGUCUCUCUUGUGAAGCGCUUGCCCCCGGCCAGGACGUCUGCGUCGAGCCCGGUGUGGUGGGCAGCACGGCUGACAGCAUCGUCGUCCCACCGAUCGACCGCUUCCCAGCUCUCUCGCCUGGAAACACUAUCCCUCAGUCACCCAUUUUGGCAUAUGCUUCCGCCGAGGGUAACGCUCGCGACACGUUCUACGGCGAGGUGAUCUUUCAGAGCGACUCGCAACACCUCGAGGCUUUUGAUCAUAACGACUUGAACGGAGAUGGUUUCCUUGACCAGAAUGAGCUGCAGAAAAUGAUGUCUUAUGAUCCGGCUGCACUCCGUGGAAUCACAGAAAUUAACAGCAAGUUGAACUCAGACAACCUAGUUCCGGAGAUGCUGAAGGAAGCUGAUCUCAAUGGGGAUGGGAAGAUCAAUAAGGACGAGUACCUAUUUGCCAUUCGUCAAAUCCAGAACGUGACGAACGUAGUCACCGAUCUGGCUGCGGAUAAUACAGCGGCUGGGCUAGAACGUAAACGUAUUAUCCCCGCCAUGAUCGCUGCAGUGGCAGUGAUUAUUGGACUUGUAAUAGCAGAUGUGACAUUAUUCUUCCAAAUCCUAGCAAAGAACGAGUUAUUCAGAGGAAAUGAUCUGCUCAGCUACUUGGAUAUCCGAUAUUGGGACGGAAAGGGAAAUCCGCCUUCAUGCGCUGCAUACAUGUACUGGUCCUCUAACUGUGGUGCGAUCGGCUCGGGGCAUGCCAAGUCGUGCUCAAAUGGCGGAGAAAGAGUAUUUGGAUCUAGCUGUGUAACCCAUUUCCAUAAAGGGAGUGCGGGCUGUGGGUUCCUUGGGUGCAAGUCACUCUGCUACAACUACAACUUGGACAACUGCGACUGUAGCGCUCUGAAAUACACGAUUGAGCGAGAUACCGAGUAUACAGAUACACCUUACUCCACUACAAAUGAGGUUGGUGUUGCAGCAUGCCGAAGCAAGUGUGGUGGCACAACCGGAUGUGUUGGAUACUCUGUGUCACCAGGAAGCUCCGACACCACUCUUUCAUGCAAAGUUUACAAGACGAUGUCAAACAAAAAGUCCAACGGCAAAUACACAUCGUUUAGACUGGAAGGAUCCCCGGUCGGUGGUCAGCAAUGCUCAGUCCCGGAGCCGGGAUAUUCAGUGUGGCCGACUUCAGUUAUGGAAGAGGACCAAAAGAAAGGGGAAGUGUUCAGUGAAGCAUAUCGCACGACCGACUCUAGCCUGGUGAAACGUGCUAACCCAUCACGAGUGGACCGUCGCAGCGAUCUAAAAUUCGCGACGACCAUCAAGAGCCAGAAGUGUGGUCUCUGUGCUCCGUUUUCCUUUACCACCACUGUGGAGGGUACUCUCAAGAUGAAAAAGGGCGGAUAUACUGACAACGAUGAUUUGUCCCCAGUCUGGUUGGGAAUGUGUAAAGGCGGGCAAAAAUGCGGUAGUGGAGGAAAGCACGUCUGGCUCCUGGACAAGCUCGGGAGCUCUUAUAUCAAGCGCGAGGUUUGCGUCCCCAUGUCGACAAUUUCGAAUCCCAAGUGCGAUGCUUCAUGCACAGGCUUUUUGCCGUACGUCAGUGGACGCAAAAAAUUCGACUUUAACGGCUUGCCUGAAAAGAAGGAUAUCCGGAACAGAAUCGAGCAGGUCAAAGAAUGGAUCGCCAAAACUGGCCCGUCCACAGGCCCAGAUACUGUAUUCUAUGAUAAAGACAAGCAAUGGGGCGACUCGACGUGUGGAAAGUGCGACCACGCUGUAACCGUGGUCGGAUACUUUGAAUAUGAGCGAGCCGGAAAACAAUCUCUUGCGUGGAUCAUUCAUAACAGCUACGGCUACGGAAAACGAGGGUAUCAGUUUAUCGAAGAGGGCAGUGCGGGCAUGCGUAAAUCAGAUUGGUGGGGGGUCAAAGUGGACGAGGGACGGGUGCAUGAUGAAUUUUAA